AUGGCCGUCCAGCCGAAGUCCAAGAUCACCGUCGCCGGUACUCGCGCCCAGGUCCAAGCCCUCCUCGCCCACUCCCUCUCCCCUGACAACAAGCGCAACCUCCUCGAGACGGUCGAGUUGCAAUUCGGCCUCACCAACAACGACCCCGCCGGCGACAAGCGCUUCUCCGGCUCUGUCAAGCUUCCCUCGGCGACCAGCACGACCUCGGUCGUGCUAAGCACCAGGGCCUGGAUAGCAUGUCAAGCUGAACAAGAACAAGAGGCUCAUCAAGAAGCUAGCGCGCUAGUACGAUGCGUUUGUCUGCUCGGAUACCAAGGUUCGGGAGAUCCCAAGGGUUUUAGGACCGGGCUUGUCAAAGGCGAGGACCUCGCGGAGAAGAUAAUCAACGUCAAGUCCACCAUCAGGUUCAGGCUGCGCAAAAACCUCUGCAUUGCCAUGGCCAUUGGUAAUGUGGACAUGACCACGGAGCAGUUGGUGGCCAGCAUCAUGAUCACCAUCAACUACCUGGUGUCAUGCCUCAAGAAGGGAUGGUCCAACGUCAACAGCACCGUCAUCAAGUCGACCAUGUGGCGCCCCCGUUAUCUUUUCUAA